CGGUUCAAUGUUUAUUCGCACCUCGGUACACAUUGUAAACAGUGAUGCUACUUUAAAAAGAGAUCAUCACAAAAACUUUGCAUGCAAUAACAUCUUUGCAUUGUAACGUUUGCACAGUGCUGCCCACUUGGGUUCUUCGGUUGCAUUUCUUAUCGAAUUAAAAAACAAGGAGAAGAAGAAGAAGAGAAGAGGUUCAAGCUUGUUGUGAAUGGAUAUGGGUGAUAUUUACAGAGCAGGAAGUAGUUUACGUGGAGGAGGAAGUAAUUCGUUCUGGAGAAACGGCAACACCAUGGACGUGUUUUCGAGGUCUUCAAGCGGAGAAGAUGAUGAAGAGGCCUUAAAGUGGGCUGCACUAGAGAAAUUGCCCACUUUUGAUCGUUUGAGAAAAGGUAUACUGACAACUUCAGCAGGUCUUCCUAGUGAAAUUGAUAUUCACAAUCUUGGAUUUCAUGAAAAGCAUCAGUUGAUUGAAAGGCUGGUGAAAGUUGCUGAAACUGAUAACGAGAAGUUCCUCCUGAAGCUCAAGAACCGCAUAGAUAGAGUUGGAAUUGAGCUUCCGAAAAUUGAGGUUCGAUUCGAGCAUGUGAAUGUGGAGGGAGAAACAUACGUGGGAAGUAGAGCUUUGCCUUCAUUCAUUAACUUCUUUCAUAACAUAAUUGAGGAUUUCUUGACUUCUGCAAAUUUUCUUAAAAGCAGAAAGAAACAUUUGCAAAUUCUUAAGGAUGUCAGUGGAAUUAUUAGGCCAGGAAGAAUGACAUUGCUUUUGGGCCCUCCAGCCUCUGGAAAGACAACCCUAUUGUUAGCUUUGGCUGGGAAGCUUGACUCCAGUCUACAGUGUUCUGGGAAGGUGACAUAUAAUGGCCAUGAGAUGCAUGAGUUUGUCCCCCAGAGAACUGCUGCUUAUAUUGGUCAACAUGAUGUGCAUAUAGGAGAAAUAACUGUGAGGGAAACAUUGGCCUUCUCUGCCAGAUGCCAGGGGGUCGGAACCCGUUAUGAGAUGUUAUCUGAGUUAUCUAGAAGAGAAAAUGCUGCAAAUAUUAAGCCUGACCCAGAUAUUGAUGUCUUCAUGAAGGCGGCAGCAACUGCUGGUGAAGAAGCUAGUGUGGUUACUGAUUAUAUUCUAAAGAUUUUAGGACUGGAAGUCUGUGCUGAUACCUUGGUGGGUGAUGAAAUGGUUAGAGGCAUCUCAGGAGGACAAAAGAAACGGGUUACAACAGGUGAAAUGCUUGUUGGACCAGCGAAUGCUCUGUUCAUGGAUGAGAUAUCUACUGGUUUGGACAGCUCGACAACUUUCCAAAUUCUGAAUUGUAUAAGGCAAAACAUUCACAUCAUGGAUGGCACCGCUCUGAUCUCUCUCCUCCAGCCAGCACCAGAGGCAUACGAUCUCUUUGAUGACAUUAUCCUUCUAUCUGAAGGUCAAAUUGUCUACCAGGGUCCCCGUGAACAAGUUCUGGAGUUUUUUGAAUCCAUGGGGUUCAAAUGUCCAGAAAGAAAAGGCGUGGCUGACUUCUUGCAAGAAGUGACAUCAAGGAAAGAUCAGCAGCAGUAUUGGAUAAGUAAAGAUGAGCCUUACAGGUUUAUAACAGUAAAGGAAUUCUCUGAUGCAUUUCAAUCAUUCCCUGCGGGUCGGAAACUUGGUGAUGAGCUUGCAACUCCAUUUGAUAAGAGGAAUAGCCACCCUGCAGCUUUGACUACCAAAACAUUUGGUGUCAACAUGAAGGAAUUGUUCAAAGCUUGCUUCUCCAGAGAAUUUUUGUUGAUGAAGAGGAACUCAUUUGUUUACUACUUCAAGCUUGGCCAACUUUCGGUAAUGGCAUGUGUUGCUAUGACAUUGUUCUUCCGAACCAAGAUGCACAAAGAUACAGAUGUAGAUGGAAUAAUUUACACAGGUUCCCUAUUCUUCGUGGCUAUGUCGAUUAUGUUUAAUGGAAUGUCAGAGAUUUCCAUGACUAUAGUAAAGCUUCCUGUUUUUUACAAGCAAAGAGAUCUCCGAUUCUAUCCGUCAUGGGCGUAUGCACUUCCAACAUGGAUCCUCAAGAUACCAGUCGCAUUUGUAGAGGCUGCUGUUUGGGUAUUCAUAACAUAUUAUGUAAUAGGAUUUGAACCUAAUGUUGGAAGGUUUGCAAAGCAAUUCAUCUUGCUUGUAUUUCUCAACCAAAUGGCUUCUGGAUUGUUCCGACUCAUUGCAGCAGCAGGCAGGACCAUGGUCAUUGCUAAUACAUAUGGUUCAUAUGCCUUGCUGUUGCUUGUUACAUUGGGUGGCUUUAUUACUUCACGAAAGGAUGUCAAGGACUGGUGGAUAUGGGCAUAUUGGUGUUCACCUUUGAUGUAUACGCAAAACGCACUGGUUGUGAAUGAGUUUCUUGGACAUGGUUGGAAAAAGAUUUUGCCAUUAUAUUCAACGGAACCAAUUGGAGUUGCAGUUAUGAAGUCUAGAGGGUUCUUCCCAUAUUCAUAUUGGUAUUGGAUAGGUGCAGGGGCUUUGGUUGGUUUUACACUGCUGUUCAAUUUCGGCUACACUUUGGCGCUCACUUACCUCAACCCACUUGGUAAGCGUCAGGCUGUUUUACCUGUGGAAUCUAAAAGUAAUGAACAUGAAAACAGAAGUGGAGGAGCCAUUCAGUUAUCGAACCAUGCAAGUAGUUCUAGUCAUUGUUCUCACUCAGAGACAACUGUACAGCCAAGUCAUCAAAAGAAAAAAGGAAUGGUUCUUCCAUUUCAACCGCAUUCCAUAACAUUCGAUGAAAUCUCAUACUCGGUUGACAUGCCAAAAGAAAUGAAACUUCAAGGUGUUGUUGAAGACAAAUUGCUGCUUCUGAAUGGUUUGAGUGGUGCUUUCAGACCUGGUGUUCUAACAGCUUUGAUGGGUGUCAGCGGUGCUGGCAAAACCACACUGAUGGAUGUAUUGGCUGGUAGGAAAACUGGCGGAUACAUUGAGGGAACCAUCACAAUUUCUGGGUACCCAAAGAAGCAAGCGACAUUUGCUCGUAUUUCAGGAUACUGUGAGCAAAAUGAUAUCCACUCUCCUUAUGUAACAGUAUAUGAAUCUUUGGUCUACUCAGCCUGGCUCCGAUUACCCCCUGAAGUUGACUCUGAAACUAGAAAGAUGUUCAUUGAGGAAGUCAUGGAGCUUGUGGAAUUAAAUACAUUGAGACAAGGACUAGUUGGUUUGCCUGGUAUCAACGGUCUGUCAACUGAGCAGCGCAAGAGGCUUACCAUAGCAGUUGAGCUUGUGGCAAACCCUUCAAUCAUAUUUAUGGAUGAACCAACUUCAGGUCUAGACGCACGAGCUGCUGCCAUUGUUAUGAGAACAGUCAGGAACACAGUGGACACAGGAAGAACGGUGGUGUGCACCAUUCAUCAGCCAAGCAUUGACAUAUUCGAAGCCUUUGAUGAGCUAUUUCUACUGAAGCGGGGAGGACAAGCCAUAUAUGCUGGGCCAUUGGGUCGCCACUCUAGUCUUCUUAUAAAGUAUUUCGAGGGAAUUCAAGGAGUUCCUAAGAUUAAAGAUGGUUACAAUCCAGCUACUUGGAUGCUAGAAGUCACCACUGAAUCACAAGAAAUAGCUUUGGGGGUUGAUUUUGCUGAAAUUUUCAAGAACUCAGAACUAUAUCAGAGAAACAAAUCACUCAUUAGGGAUUUAAGCAGGCCUGCUCCAGAUUCAAAGGACCUCUAUUUCCCUACUCGAUACUCCCAAUCUUUUGUCACCCAAUGUUUGGCUUGCUUAUGGAAACAACGUUGGUCAUACUGGCGGAAUACAUCUUACACUGCCGUCAGAUUUCUGUUCACCUUCUUCAUAGCUUUGACAUUUGGGACAAUGUUUUGGGACAUGGGCACCAAAACGAGCAAACGACAAGAUCUGUUUAAUGCAAUGGGUUCCAUCUAUGCGGCUGUUCUCUUCCUUGGUGUACAAAAUGCCACAGCCGUGCAGCCAAUAGUGUCAGUUGAAAGGACAGUAUUUUACAGAGAAAAAGCAGCUGGAAUGUAUUCAGCAAUGUCUUAUGCCUUUGCACAAGUUGUGGUUGAGAUUCCGUAUUUAUUGGCUCAAUCUUUAGCCUAUGGCAUUAUAGUCUAUGCAAUGAUCCAAUUUGACUGGGAUGCAGGCAAAUUCUUUUGGUAUUUUUUCCACGUGUUCAUAUGUUUAAUGUACUUCACCUUCUAUGGCAUGAUGGCUAUAGCCAUGACGCCAAACCAGCACAUCGGUGCUGUGUUCGCCUACUCCCUUUACUCUAUAUGGAACCUCUUUUCUGGAUUUAUAGUCCCAAGAACAAGAAUUCCAAUAUGGUGGAGAUGGUACUUCUGGGGGUGCCCAAUUUCUUGGACGAUAUACGGGUUCGUUGCAUCACAAUUUGGAGAUAUAGAGGAUAAACUUGACACCGGUGAAACAGUGAAGCAAUUUUUGGAUGAUUUUUUUGGUUAUAAGCAUGAUUUUCUGGGAGUUGUUGCAGUUGUUGUUAUUGUCUUCACUGUGCUUUUUGCAUUUGUCUUUGCUCUAGGAGUUAAGAUAUUAAACUUCCAGAAGAGAUAGAUAUUUUGUCUUGUUAUCCUCUCCAGGGUGCUCUUUGCAUUAAUCUUUGCUCUAGGGAUUAUGAUAUUAAAUUUCCAGAAGAGAUUAAAAAAAAUCUGUCCAGAAAGGUGAAUGGCUGCUCAGCGAAGGUUGCUGCAGUGUAUCAGGCUGUCCCACCUUAGGAAAAUCGGCAUAAUGCUGCAUGGAUAAUCAACAAUACCUUUUCUGCUUAGGGACUCUGAAAGUUUUCCAGUGGACAACUCUACAUGGUUGGUUCCCUUGGACUAGUUGAUGCAAAAGGGAUUUGCUGUGAUACUUGAAUCUGUUUGUAGGUUCCUAUGUCGAUUUCCUUUAAGAGACGAGGCACAAUCGGUGGCAGUUUUUCCAGUAGUAAGAGUAGUGCAUUCUCUCUUCUCUGGAUUUUUAACACUCUAAUUUCAAUCUCUUGUUUUUUCAGUCAGUUAUCUUACAUUUG